GGUUGUAAGCCACCUCUUCACCCUAUUAUAUAUUCUCUCCUCCUCUUUCCCUGAAAACCCCAUAGACAUUUCGAUUGACUUCAGAAUUCUCUUCAUUAGCCUCUUCUUGAUUCACAGAGAAGAAAACAACUAUGGAGUAUUGGCAGUAUUGGCCUAUGGAGAUCACGCUUGUCUCAGCCAAUGAUCUUAAAGAUGUUAGAAGGUUCUCCGAGAUGGACGUCUACACCGUCGUUUCCAUUCUCGGCUAUCCUGGCAAGGAGCAGGAGCAGAAGCAGAAGACACCCGUCCACCAUGAGUGCGGAUCACACCCUAAGUGGAAUUACACGAUGUAUUUUGUCUUCAGUGAGGCUGCCGCCACACAGAACCAACUCACCCUCAAAAUCAAGAUCAAAACCGAACGAACUGUGCGCAGCAGCAAAGAGGUCGUCACAGUGCAUGUUCCGAUCAAGAAAUUGUUUGAUGAGAAGGCCGAAGAGAAUGCCACUAAAUUCGUUACCCACAAUAUCAUGAAUCCGAACGGGAAGAGCGAGGGAACUUUAAAUUUUUCAUACAAGUUCGGCCACAGAUUCACUGGUGUUGCAUCGCUUCCAGGAGAGAAAAAAACAACUAUGGAGUAUUGGCAGUAUUGGCCUAUGGAGAUCACGCUUGUCUCAGCCAAUGAUCUUAAAGAUGUUAGAAGGUUCUCCGAGAUGGACGUCUAUGCCGUCGUUUCCAUUCUCGGCUAUCCUGGCAAGGAGCAAAAGCAGAAGACACCCGUCCACCAUGAGUGCGGAUCACACCCUAAGUGGAAUUACACGAUGUAUUUUGUCUUCAGUGAGGCUGCCGCCACACAGAACCAACUCACCCUCAAAAUCAAGAUCAAAACCGAACGAACCGUGCACAGCAGCAAAGAGGUCGUCACAGUGCAUGUUCCGAUCAAGAAAUUGUUUGAUGAGAAGGCCGAAGAGAAUGCCGCUAAAUUCAUUACCCACAAUAUCAUGAAUCCGAACGGGAAGAGCGAGGGAACUUUGAAUUUUUCGUACAUGUUCGGCCACAGAUUCACUGCUGUUGCAUCGCUUCUAGACGGUCCAAGUUCGGGUGGGAGUACGGGGUCGAAUCUGGUGGUUGAAGCUGUAUCAGCUCUUUUAGACGUGGUGAUGCAGUGAGGCUGCAUCACAUGGUUUGAAAGCUACGAUGAUGGUAACUGUGAUUUUUAAUUUCUGCUUUCUUUAUAUAUUAAAGUCCCACAAGCACCGAAAGUCAUUUUGCAUGUGAAAAAUGUGUAUCCACUUUAUCUAGUCUCAUAUUGCUGUGUAUCCGGUAUGUGUUUAUAUAUAUAUAUAUAUAUAUAUUUGUGUAUGCAAGUCAGUUGAUAAGAAAUAAGAAUCAAGUUUUCUGUC